ACGACUCGUCGUUUUGACGUUUCGUGUUGGAAAUUGAGUAGAUUCUGGGAAAGAAACAUGUACAGAUUCGAUUAAUUUAAGUUUCUUUGGACUGUUAUAAUAAUUGUUGGGAUCAUAAAUCUACAUUUCUGAAAUUCCAAUUUGCUAAUUACGCACUUUAAUAAUACUAAUUGUAAUCGACCCGUCGAAGCCUGCAACCUUACUUGAUCUAUUUUGACCAUAAUACUAUUUCAUCACAAAGUACAAAACAGUAGACAGUAAUCGAUUCGAUCAAGUUUUCUUUCUUAAUAAUGUAUGUAUCUGUAACGGGACUUGACGGCUAUAAAUUUGCAACAUUAUUCGUAUAUGCUAAUCUUCAUUUAUGUCAGAGUAUUUUUUGAAAUCAUAAAAUCUUUUAGUCCCUAACAGUUAUUCAUGAUUAACACGCUGGUACGAUGUCCUGGUAUGUAUUGUGGGCGAAAUUUACUCCCCACCGGAAAUUGGAGCCAGUGCGAAGCUUGUCCCAGGGGUUUCAGGAGCAACGAAUCUUCCGCUUGUGUACCUUGCGAAGAUUUCCCAAUGUUUUAUGAUUGGUUGUAUCUUGGUUUCAUGGCUCUCUUAGCCCUUGUUUUACAUUGGUUUUGCAUUGAUAUGGUGGCCAUGCGACGUAACAUUACUAAAGAAGUAGUAGCGCUCCACUUGUCUGCCUUGGUCGAGAUAGUUGGAGCUUCACUCAUUACGCUACAACUAACCGAACCCAUUGGAAGUUUCAACAUUACAUCUUGCAAGGCAAGACGAUUGUCUGAUUGGUACACUCUGCUUCACAAUCCAAACCCAGAUUAUGAGAAGACGUUACAUUGUACUCAGGAAGCAGUUUACCCAUUGUACACAAUGGUCUUUAUUUUUUAUGCUCUGGGCAUAGUACUGAUGUUACUCAUCCGGCCACUGAUUGCCAAGAAGUUUCUACCAAAGCAAGGAAAAUUCUCAAUCUAUGCUGCUCUGUAUUUUUUCCCUAUUUUAGCCAUGCUCCAUGCAAUUGGCGGUGGUCUCAUAUAUUAUUCCUUUCCAUAUAUAACCAUCAUAUUGUCUGUUUUAUCUAAUGCGGCACAUUUUGCCUUCAAACUGAACCAGUCGAUGAAAUCACUGGUAAUAAGUUCGAUAUCGGACAUAAGAAACGUAGUGGUAAUACUUGGCCAUUGGCUUCUGCAUGGAUAUGGAGUAACAGCAGUGGCUACUCUCAGGGGGCUAAGUGUUCACCCAGCGAUGCUUACCUUGGUUCCAUUGCCGGCAUUAUUCUACAUUCUUACUGCUCGAUUCACAGAUCCCAACAAACUUCACGCCGAAUAAAUAAUAAAUAUUUGGAAGGUAAAAGUUUGUAAUCACCUUUGUACCACAAGGAAAAUUUGUAAUAAAAAAUGACGAUAUACUUAGAAGGUUGAGGCAUAGUUAUCAGU